CCUCCUGAAAAAGCGUCGAUAAACUGAACCGAACCAUGAAGAAUACUCCGUAAACUAUAUUCAAGCUUCUAACGCUCGGAGAAUCUGUCGGCAGUACGAAACGUACGAAACUUUCCGAGAUGUCACGGGACCACGAACACGGCGAGCACGACAGCACGAGGUGUUCUCUUGAUAGGAGAGGAAGGGAUGGACACGAAGGAGGAGCCCGUGUAUCGAUUUAAACGCUGCGCGUGUCGGCAGCUCGCGGUUAAACCGUGUCGUGCAGUUCACGUUGGCAGAGGUUAGACCGGGCCUGACAUGCCCCAGUACGAGCCGAACGGGCCCAUCGAAGUCGUAAGCGCCGUCCCCAAACACAGGCAAAAAUUACUAAAGUGGAAUGGCUGGGGAUACCAGGAUUCCGAGUUUCGUUUGAACGAGAAGACGGAGGUGAUCGAAUUCACUGGCAACAGGUAUCCAAUUGGUAAUACAAAAUUGCCGUACUUCACCCAAUGGGUGCACGAGAAGUUCGGUGUCGACCUGCAGAAGAAGACUACUAACCAGCCGCUGCCGGAGAAUCUGCCCGAGCCUCGGUUAUCCUCAGAAUUAUUAGAAGCCGUCGAGGAUACCGAGAUCGAACGUUCGCUGAAAGGAAUUGAUCGUCUGGUCAGAGCCCACGGACACGCGUUGAAAGAAGUCUAUUUGCUCAAGCACGGGUCAUUCCAGAGGAUUCCGGACAUCGUACUUUGGCCCAGAUGCCACGAGGACGUGGUGAAAGUUAUCAAGCUCUGCGCCCGUUUCGGGGCAGCCUGCAUCCCUUUCGGGGGCGGUACCAGCGUCAGCGGAGCUGCCCUGUGUCCAGCCAACGAGCACAGGACGAUUAUUUCCUUAGACACGUCGCAGAUGAACAAAAUUCUGUGGAUCGAUCGUGAGAAUCUUAUAGCCUACUGCGAGGCGGGGAUUAUUGGCCAGGACCUCGAGAAGCAGCUUAGAAUCAGAGGGUUCACUUCCGGACACGAGCCAGACUCCUAUGAGUUCUCUAGCUUGGGUGGCUGGGUUGCAACAAGAGCCAGCGGGAUGAAGAAGAAUCGUUACGGGAACAUAGAGGAUCUAGUGGUGAGAGUACGAAUGGUUACUGGGAGGACCGACGACCCAGAAAUAACGUUAGAAAGAGACAUGCUGGUGCCCAGGGCAUCCUGUGGACCGGACUUCGAUCACGUGAUACUCGGCAGUGAAGGAACUUUGGGAGUUAUCACGGAGGUCGCGUUAAAAAUCAGGCCGCUCCCUGCUGUCGUCAAAUACGGAAGCAUCGUGUUUCCACAUUUUCAAGCAGGAGUUCAAGCGUUAAGACAAGUAGCAAAGGAACGUUGCCAGCCCGCCAGUAUCCGGUUGAUGGACAACGAGCAGUUCCAGUUCGGUCAGACCCUCCGCCCGGAACCAUCCUGGUGCGGCCUCGUACUCCAAGGCCUUAAACAAGCAUACAUUACUCGAAUAAAACGUUUCCACUGGGACCAAAUUUGCGUGGCUACUCUCCUCUUCGAAGGCGACUCCGCAGCCGACGUCUCCGCCCAAGAGGCUCGGAUCUACUCGAUAUCGAAGAAGUACAACGGCGUCGCGGCCGGUGAAACCAACGGCGAACGCGGUUACCUAUUGACCUUUGUGAUCGCUUACAUGAGAGACUUGGGUCUCGAGUAUCGGGUCUUAUCCGAAUCGUUCGAAACUUCCGUGCCUUGGAACCGGGCCGUCUCGCUCUGUAGGAAUGUGAAGUCCAGGGUCGCGAGGGAAUGCAACGCCAGAGGCGUUGAUAAAUUUUUAAUUUCCUGUCGUGUGACUCAAACGUACGAUGAAGGAUGCUGUGUGUACUUUUACUUGGCGUUUAAUCAUGAGAACCUUCGGGAUCCGAUUGAGACGUACGAGACCAUCGAGCAUAUUGCUAGGGAGGAAAUUUUGGCGAACGGCGGAUCGUUGUCACAUCACCACGGAGUCGGGAAGCUCAGAUCCUCGUUCUACAAGGAUGCCGUCGGUCAGGCUGGAGUAGAGCUCUACAGGGCUGCCAAGAAGCACUUGGACCCUUUCAAUGUGUUCGCCGCCGGUAAUUUGGAUCCGAUGGCUAAAUUGUGAAUGACCGGGGUUAAACGACCCUUGGUAGAUGUUGAGAGUUUCUUUAUUUGUUUUUAAAUGAUUAUCGUUGGAUUUGAUUGAAAUCCGAAGCAGGCUUCAUCGAGGCCGGGAACCCGGACGAAUUGUAUUCUAUGAGCUUUAAAUUUGAAUUAAUCGAAAAGAAAGUCUUGAAGCCUCUAUCUUCUUGAGACUCGGAUGAGGAUUCUUCUUAUCCGAUGGGUUUUAUCCUAGGAACGAUUAGCCGAGAGCCGAUCCGCUGUACUUUAUGCAAUAAUUUAAUUUGUAGAGAUAAUUGUACAAAAUGUAAAUCGUUUUCGAUCUCGCAUAAAAGUCGGCGGAUACAUAAAUUAAGAAUUGUAUCGAUAUAAGUACAAAUGAUCAUUGUAAUUGUAUCGUUUAUAGGAAUAAUUAGGUAGAACACUGAUACCGUGGGUCUUUUGUUAAUUUUAUUCGAUUCCCUUCGUUAGAACGAAAGCUAUCGGAAUUGUAAGCGACACGUUCUAUUUAGAAACUAAAUGAUUGUUAUACUAUUUGGGUUUUUAAUUAUUAUUAACGAACCAAUUAAAACAUCUUCAUGAAA